AGUGCACGUCAGUUUAGAGGUGGGGGCAUCUCUAAGCUAGCGGUGUCAGCGCUUCCUCGACGCUCACUGCUCGUCGACCCGUCGAGCCAUCGACACCGGGUGACAGAUCGGAGCGUAGAGAGUUUUAAAAUAAUCGAGACAGAGAAAGAGAGACAGUCGAUCGGUUCAGGAAGAAGAAAAAAGAGAGAAAGAGAGAGAGAUUGACGUUCCGGGUCGUUCGACCGGUCGUUUUGUGCUACGUGGAUUAAGUCGAAUCGAGGAGGCGAAAAUACAAUGGAGAAGGAACAACCGGACUCCCUGGCGACCGUCGCCGUCGUCUCGGAGAAGAUGCCGCAGACUCAUAGCCACUAUGCGCCUAGCGAGGUCUAUUCCACCGCCGAACCGCCACCGGCGUACAUGAGACCGCCAAUGAAGAGCACGGCAGUUCAGAUCGCCAGGAUCGCCGCUGUUACUCUAAUCACGAUGUCUGUGGUGCUUGGAAGCUUCAUCCUGGCGGCAUCCUGGGUUCAGGCUAGAGCCUCCUGCACGCCGGAAUCGAUUGCGGCGAUGCAAGCGGAACUGAAGCUGCAGCAGCAACAGCAGACUUCCGGCAUGUAUCAGCCGCAAGGUGAAUUCCUCAAGCAUCUGCAGCCGGAAGCUUUAGUGCAGGAAUCUAUCGAAUCGAAGGAUUCUCUGCAAAGUCUUGCUGCGCCAACGAAGAAAGAGGUCCCCGAUACUAAGGACAUAAAGGUCCAAGGAGAAGGAGAGAAUAGUUCAAAAUCUGAUAGUGACAGCAGCGAUGAUGACGACGAUUACGAUGACGAUGAAUUUCCUCCCGUGCACAUUAAGCUUCCUCUUCAAUUGGAUCUCGACGACAUUGCCGGCACGUUAAUUCAGCAAGCUCGUAGCAGAGUUUCAUGCGUGGUUGAAAGACGACGAGCCGAUGAAGUGAUGGACGGAACUGGCGACAACGGUUUAGAUAACAGUACUGAUCCACAGCGUUUCCAAAGACUGAGCGGCGAACGGGUUGCUAUCCUUUGUGAAUCAGGCAAUCCAAAUCAGGAACAACAGGAGCAAGAAAUGCUCACUCCGAUCAUCGUGCCUCUAGGCACCGUGCAAAUUCCCCUUCAAUCCCAGGAACCGAAUCCAAACUACCAUCAAUAUCAAAUACACACACAGUAUCAAGUUCCCGACAUGCAGCAAUUGCCGCUCAGCGACCCACGAGGAUUGAAUCACAUCCCGCCAGGUAUACUUCCUCCUGAACUCCGUAAUCUUCCUCAGCUAACUAUGGAGAUGAGACCACCUCGAAUGGGUCCGCAAAUGCCUAUGAUGCCACCUCAGAACAAUCAAAUGGGACCACAGAUCGAGGUGCGUCAGAUUCCUAUCGAACUGCGUCACUUCCCGAUGGACCCGUUGAGAGGAAUGCGACCAAUUUCUCCGGAGUCUCGUCAGGAACCGCAAAUCUCGGUGAUGUAUCAGCAGCAGCCCGAGCAAAUUCUCAAUACUUACAAUCAGGAGCAGCAAGGUCCGGUCAUGAUGCCCCCGCCUCCUCCACAAGCUGAGGCGCAGGUUCAAGAUCACAGAAUGCAUCAAGCAUCGCCCGUGAUGAUCCCGCAGACUGAACAGAGACCACCUGCUCCGCCUCAAGUUGCACCUGAGAAGCCACGCUCACCUUUCCAGGGCAUUCCUAUCGAGAUCAGAAGAAUAAUUCAGCAAGUACCAUUAGAAAUCAAGAAUAUCAUCCAGCACAUCACUGGCGAAGCUAGAUCAUUCCCGGCCCAGGUACCAGACGGAGCACGUCGUGAGGAACUCAAGCCGUUCCCGGAAAACGCGAGACCAAUACCAUUAGGACCGUUCCCACUUCCGGUGGAAGUGAGAAAUUUGAUCGAGCAUGGAAAUAUUGAAGGUCGUCAACGCCCGGAUGGCGCCGACGAACAGCAGGAAGCGAAACCUUUCCCAGGUCCGGAGGACGAAGGUGACGAAAUCGAAAGAAACUUCCCCGUACCUGUGGAGAUCCGCAACAUAAUUCACCAGGUCGUAGAAGGUCGUGCUUUCCCUGUUCCGAGAUUUGCGUUAAGACCAGUUGAGUCCUUGGAGGUACCAGUAGAAGCACGUGCCGAUGUGACUGAUGGCCAGUCCACGGAGCAACAAUCCGAACAACGACAACAAGAGCAGCCUCAGGAGGUGCACAUGAUGAUUCAACAGCAACAACAGCAGCAGCCACAGGAACAACAACAAUCGCAACAACAACAACAACAACAACAACAACAACAACAACACCAAUCAAUGCAAGAGGAAGAAACCCGUCCGCAUUAUGUCCAACCACGUUCUGUGCGCUCCGUGCCAGAGGAAGUCUUCCUUCAUCGUCGUGAGAAACGCGUACGUCGUUGCGCUUGUGACUGCGCGUGCUAAAAGAUGCAACUGCACUUCCGUGCGCGCGGACGGAACGAGAUUUUAAGUCCGUCUAAGAUAAAAAAUUAAGAAGAAAAAAGAUUCAAAAUCGCGUCAUCGACAAACUUUGGUCAAACGAUUGCAAUCGUUGCGGUCUUAAGGAAUAAAACAAACGCAAGGAAAAUAAUUGCAAUCUUCUUGUAUCAAAUUUUCCUGACUCAAGGUAUAUUUUAAUAAUAUAACUAUAACAUUUAAAUAAUUUUUCUCCAAGUUAUUCCAAAUUCUGAGAUUUUCGAAAAUAAUCGAGGUAUCUUGAAUUUUA